CAGGAACCCAUCGCAUGAUCGCAUGGCAUCCUGUCCGGGGCCCCAGGGGCAUUUUCCUGGCGCCAUAGUUCUUAUAUUGAGCAUGCCGAGGUCGCUGCCGGUGCACCAGGUCGUCGGCGCCACUAGCUACCAACCUCUCACACGCAAAGGACUUUGUAUACAUCUUUUUCCCGCAAGCCGGAUGUACAUUUGACGUCCGCUCUCGCGACCCAUCAACCAGCGUCAAUUCUCACUAGGAACUCGCGUACCUACACCAUCUGCGUACAUCUUCUCCGAUAAAAAGACUUAUCACGAUAUCUACUCCCCAUUGGACCACCUCGCCAGGCCAGCCAUCCCAUCUCAGCCAUCAUGACGGACUCUAAGCCAUUACGGAUAGCCGUCAUAGGCGCAGGCAUGGGUGGUCUAGCCAGCGCUUUGGCACUUGCAAAAGCUGGGCACACCGAUAUCACUGUGUACGAAAGUGCUCCGGGGCUCGGAUUUGUCGGCGCUGGUAUCCAGCUUGCCCCCAACAUGGCACGCAUCCUCGACAGACUAGGUUGCUGGAAACAGAUUGCCGCCGAGGCCGUCCAGUGCAGCAGCACGUCCAUUCGCGAGGGUGCUACCGACAACGAGCUCGGGCACGUCAAGCUGGAUUACGUGGAAAAGACCUAUGGAUACCCGCACAUGGUCGGCCACCGAGCGAGUUUAGCAGGCGCCCUCUACGAUGGGUGUCUCAAAGAGAAGGCCAUCACUUUCAAGCUGGGAUGCACCAUUUCCGAAGCCAAAUUCGCCGGCAGGCCUUCGUUCAAAGUCACCCCAGUCACCGGUGAGCCAUACCGUGUCGAGGUCGACGUUCUCCUUGCUGCCGAUGGCGUCAAGAGCCCAACCCGCGUGGCAAUGCUGAAGGAGAGAGGAGAGGCCGCAGAUGCAAAGGACACAGGCCAGGCCGCGUAUCGCAUCAUGCUCACCCGUGACCAGCUGAAGCACGACCCCGAACUUCUUGCGUUGCUCGAUGCCGACACAGUGACGAGGUGGAUAGGGGAAAAGCGCCACAUCAUCGCCUACCCCAUCCACAACAAGCAGAUAUACAACAUAUCCACUGCCCAACCAGACGACCAUUUCGCAUCCGCUCCCAGUGCCACCUACACUACCAAAGGCUCCAAAGAAGCCAUGCUGCAGGUGUAUGCGGAUUUCUGUCCCAAGAUACAGCGCAUGUUGAAUCUGGUGCCAGAGACUGAAGUCAUAGAAUGGAAACUGCGCGUUCACGAUCCCUUGAGCACCUGGGUAUCGGGUUGUGCGGCCCUGGUGGGCGACGCCUGCCAUCCUACCCUUCCGCACCUCGCACAAGGCGCUGCUCAGGCCAUCGAAGACGCAGCCGUCUUAGGCGUAACGUUAGCCCCUGAACGGAUUGCGGAUCGCAAGCCGGAGACGAUCCACAAGGCGUUGAAACUCUACGAGAAGGUGCGCAAGGAUCGAGCGGAGGCGCUGGUGGAGCUCGCAGCCGAGAAUGGACGAGCCAUGCACCUGGGUUCCGGCAAGGCCAAGGAGGAGAGAGACAGGAUCUUUGCGGCCUUGAAGACGGGGAAAGGGCCCGUGCCGGAUAAGUGGGCGGACGCCGACGUGCAGAGGAUGAUAUAUGGGUUAGACGUGGUCAAGGAAGCGGAGAAGGCCUGCCGGGAGGAGGGGCUGCUGGCAAAGCUGUAAGUGGAGACCGGGACACUUGCACUGAACGCUCAUCUUUUUCCUUUUUAGGACGACUUAGACUUGGAUUUUCAGAAACCUCCUG